AUGGAUACUUCAUCGAAAACAGCUAAUCAUAAUUCAGAGCAUGCUGUGGCUGGUGCUGUUAGUGGUUUUGUAACAAGAUGUAUGUGUCAACCCUUAGAUGUUGUAAAAAUUAGAUUUCAGUUACAAGUUGAACCUAUUAGUAAAUAUCAUGUUAGUAAAUAUCACUCCAUAGCACAAGCAUUUUACUUGAUAAUUAAGGAAGAAGGUAUAUUUGCUCUUUGGAAAGGACAUGUUCCAGCUCAAUUACUAUCAGUUGUGUAUGGUAUGAGUCAGGUGAAUAUAUAUGACAUGCUUAUAACUGCUUUUAAUAAUUUUUCAUUGUUAAAUGAAUGGAAAUAUUCAACACAAUUUGUAGCGGGUUCAGGUGCUGGUUUUUUAGCUACAAUUACAUCAUUUCCUUUUGAUACUAUAAGAACAAGAUUAGUGGCACAAUCAAGUAACCAUUCAAUUUACAAAGGAAUUUUUCAUUCCUGCAGUUGUAUUAUAAGACAUGAAUCUCCAAAGGUCUUUUUUUAUGGAUUACUACCAACUUUAUUACAAAUUGUACCACAUACUGGUCUGCAGUUUGCAUUUUAUGGAUGUUUCAGUGAUAUAUAUAAAAAAUAUUACAAUGAAAGCAACAUUAGUUUUUACAAUUCUAUGAUAUCCGGCAGUGCUGCUGGUUUAUUAGCUAAAACUGCAGUAUAUCCUCUUGAUCUUAGUAGAAAAAGAUUGCAGAUACAAGGAUUCAAACAUGGUAGACAAGGUUUUGGUUCUUUUUUUGAAUGUAUGGGACUUAUACAUUGUUUAAAAUUAACAUUAAAAAAAGAAGGAGUGGGAGGAUUAUUUAAAGGUUUGAUACCAAGUCAAUUAAAAGCUACUGCAGCAACAGCAUUACAUUUUACUGUAUAUGAGCAAAGUUUAGUAUUACUAAAAGCAUUAAGAUCAGAUAUUUCAGAAAAGUGAAGGCACUGUAAUGAUAGUCAAUACAUAAAAUAGAAUACAUUUUUUGAACAUUUCCAUAUA